CACCCAUUGUGCACUUGCAGGGUGAACGUCACAGGCACGGAGGCCCUUCCUCCUGCCGUUUGUCUGAGGAGAGAUUUGCUAUGCUGACUGAACAGCCAAUCGGAGCGAAACUCCUGAGGAGAAUGUUAUCCAGGAUGUGCCUGCAGAGAAGUUUAAAGACUUUACAGCACUUUUCUUUAUCUUGGAAUUAGUAGGGGUAUCUACGCUCGGUAACAUUUCAUCCUCAUUGGAGUGUUGCCAGAUCCAUGCGGCUUCUGCUCUACGACUAUAUUGAGAAGAUGAAGAAAUAACUGGAAAAUAUAGAGCUCAGCAGCUUUUAAUUCUCUUCAUUUCACCUGGGUGCAUCCUUGCACUUUGUCAUCCGGAUGGAUUCCUAUCAUUUCCAGUUUGAGAGAAUGAGUAAUCUUGAUUUGCACCCUCUAAGUCUUCCAGUCAGUCGACUUUCACCUGCAAAGUCCAGUAGCAGUAUUGAUCAGUAUACCCAUCACCACAGCAAAGGAGACUCUGCCUAUAGCUCAUUCUCUGGCGGAUCCACAGUCCCUGAUUAUCCCUCACCCUUUUUGCUGGAUGAUCUGCAGUCACACAGCUUGCAAUACACCGAUUUGAAAUAUGCUAAAGCUAAAUAUAGCCCAAACUUUCUUGACUCAAAUUCAAAGAGCAUGGACCACAUUUACCGUUCUAUGGAAGCCAUCGAGCAACAAGGACCAACAGUUCCUACACAUCUUGUAUUACCCCCACCACCUCCUGCUCGUCUGGAAAGCUUAGUAACAACGAAGAACCUAAAGAACUCAAGGGCACGUCAGAGUCCUCAAGGACACCUUGCUGACACUUCUGUUUCUCAGCAGACCAGAAAAGUGGAGGUCUGUGGUGUCCAGGCUGAGCCUGGUUGCGGUUAUGUAUUUUCACAGAAUUUUCAGAGAGAUCAGCCCAACCAAGGCCUUGAGGACAAGAUGGUUGAGCCACAAGAACCUUCAUGCAUUUCCAACAGGUUGCCCCUGCAAACCUUUCAGCCAGAGCAUGUGCAACAGUCAAGAAGUGGUAAUUCUGAAACUCAGCGGAGGAGGUCACAUUCAGCUUAUGUUCGUCCUGUUUCUGAGCAGAAAUGCUAUGUCAACUCCUGCCAUAUGCCACAGAAAUCAACCAGUGGGAGUGUCCACAAUAAAGGGCAGUUCUAUUUUGUUACAGGUGUCUUAAAGUCCCCUGAAUCCAGUGUCAAUCAAGAUGUUGGGGACAGUGCAAGCAUAGAAGCCCCCAGUGAAUGGUCCUAUAUAGCUCAGCGUAGAAGACAAAGCUGUCCGGAUGGUCCAAGUGGUAAAUUGUUUAUCCAGGAGGAACUCAAAUUCAACAAUCAGAAUGACUUUGUGGAUCCUAAUAACAAGGCAAUUGUCCCACCUUAUAAGUCAGAACAGACCUUUCUAGGCAUAGAGGACCAAAGGGUCACAUGUAAAGAAACUGAGAGACAUUACUCUUCUAGCCACCCUAUCUUCUACUGUGGUCCUGAGGACAGUGUCGUUGGUAAAAUUAUGGUACCAGCUUUGAUUAAAGAAGACCAUCCUGGUAACCCCAAGAAAGAUGAACAGAUGGCAAGAACUUUGCCCCAGUUGGAUGUUCAAAAUGACAAGAUCAGCAAGGAGACCACCCCACUUCUAUACCACCUUACAGGAGCCAACAGGGCAUCAUUUAUUAGCAAGCUCAAAAACAAAAAUGAAUCUGAAAUGGGGAUUGAAGUUCCAGACUGUGGAAAAGAUAAGCAGAAGGCAGGAAAUGAUGGACAAAUCUCUCCUAGCAGUGAACAUGGGCAGAGUACAAUAUCUAUAGAACAACAACCUGAUUUUCCCUACAUCUGUGGUACCCUAGACAACUCUUAUAAAAAGUAUUACAAGGAAAAACUAAAAGAUGCCCAGUCCAAGGUUUUGAGGGAGACUUCUUUUAAAAGGAGAGAUUUGCAACUGUCUUUGCCCCUCAGGAUCAAGCAACAGACAGUCAAAAGGCUUUCUGUUUUACCUGCUGGUCCUCUAUCACAAAAUAUGCCUUCCAGCUUAGACAAUCUUACUUCACAACUACACAAGCUUCAAAUGACAGAAAAAGGAAACACUAGAGACUUGGGUCAGGAGAUUGAGAAAGAAAUUGAAAAAGAAAAACCACAGAAUAUUGCUCAACCACAGGUGCCUCGAGUUGGGUCUAGGAAGCGUUUGACAGCAGAUCAGAAAAAACUGUCUCAUUCUGAGCCUGAAAAGUUACACCAGCUGGCAGAUGAACCUUCUCAUAUGACCUGCCGCUCACUUGGAAACGAAGUUGAAGGUCUACUUGCAGAGAUGGAUCACAGUCUAGUAGCUUCAAGGAAAAAGAUGUUUGAAAUACGGGGGCGUACUUUUUCUGCCUCCAACUUCUCAAAACCAACCCUGAAGCACCUUCAGCAAAAGGCUUUGGUAGCAUACAUCGAACGUAAAACUGGUCAAAAAGUAGCUGAGCCUCAGCAGCAAGUUCUACAAGAACCCGGCAUCAGAAAUUCAACUGCAGGAAGACUGUCUGAAUCAAGUUCGAGAAAUUCUAGCAUUGCAGGCUCCAAGAAGCUCUACAGGCCUCUCUCUGCUGGUCGAAUUCUUGACUCUGUGUCAAGUUCUGUUAAAUAUACCCAGUUUCUUCCUGCUCAGCCCAGCAGCCACGCAAGGCAGUCCAGCUCAAGGGAAGAAUCCCAUACGGCAGGGAAGUCGGCCUCUGCGGAGGAUCUCUUGGAAGAGCUUAAACAACCAGAGUGUUUCCGGGCUCGCAGCACCUCAAAUCCUCAUGCUUUUCAGGUUCGGAAACAUGCAAAUGAAUUUUCAGCCAAUAGUAACAAGGACAUUUCAAGUGCUCCGAGAAUAUCAGAGGGAGAUACAGCACUCUGUCCCAGUCAUACAGUAUCUGAACCUGAUGACCGCCGGCCACGAAGAAUAGCACCAAGAGGAAAAUCUAUGGAAGAACUCGGUGUGUCUAAGAUCUCAAAGCCUGAAGUUUUCAGCAAGAGCUCAGAGCAGCUUGACCAACUGCAGGGAUCAGCGUCAUUUCUAGCUGCAGGAACUCACGCAAAGAUGUUUAACUCUGGACAACACACGGAUAACUCUCAGACAGAUGCUGAGAAGCAUCUAUCAACCUUUUCUGUAAAGCAUGUUUCCUCACACGAGGGUGAAAUCUAUAUUGUACCACAUAGCAAUGGAUCUAAAAAUAGAGAUGACACAGUUACGCCCAUGUCCGGUCGUUCCGGUGAAUCUGAUGAGAUCAAUUUGGAAGCUGGAAGCAAAGAGCAAACAUCUCUUCAAGAUGUGAAUCAGAUGUCUAUCUCUAAUCAGGAAGUUUCCUUCAGUCAUGGAAUCACAACAGAUCCUAAUCUAUGGAUUUCAACACCUGACAUAAAUGAGACAAAGAUAGACGAUCAGCCAUCUUCUGCAACAACUGUUGUUAUACCCCAAAUUACACUGAAUAACUCAUGUAGUAUUAGCGAACCCAUUCCUGUAACUACAUCUGAGAUUCAGGAAGCAGAGUCCAACUGUGAAUUUACAGUCAACAGAGAACAAGAUGGGAAUGAAAAGAAGGAAGAUGGACCUCUUGGGAAUGGUUCAUUGAAUGAAUGGGAGUUGCUGGUUCAAGAGGUGGUUUCAGCUGACCAAUCAUUAGCUUGUAGUUUUUACCCUAUAGCCAAUCGAAAGACAGCGCUCAUGCUAAUGGAGCAGUUGUUGUCUGAGGAUACACUUCUAAUGGAGGAACACUACAAGAAGAAACAGGAGCAGAAAGUUGCUUAUCCAGAAGAAGCUGCACACAGCACUAAAGCGCCUGUAGAGGACAAACCACUGGACCCAUCUCUCAACAGUGGAGCAGCUCUCCCAAACCAAAAAGUGUGCAACACAGAAAUAGAUAUCACAGAGAAAAAGAGGCAGUUAAUAGCACAUAUAGAGGAGCAUUUGACAUCUUUAAAGGAAGUUCGCUCCACCUUACACAGCGAGGAUAAGGAGAAUGGGAGACGAGGUGAUGUUAUAGAGACUCUGGUACGAGAGAGCUGUGUGCCCGCUGAGCUGGAGCGCUACACACAGUUUAUAGGAGAUCUGGAGCGAGUGAUCAGUCUGCUGCUCUGUCUGUCAGCCCGUCUAGCCCGGGUACAGAACGCCCUCAGUACUGUGGAUGAUAGCACAGACACCGAAGAGAAACAAUCACUGGACAACCGCCACCGCCUGCUGUGCAAACAGAGGGACGAUGCCAAAGACUUAAAGGACAACCUGGACCGUCGGGAGCGAGUGGUCUCAGCAUUCCUCUCCAAACAGCUGACAGAAACGCAGCUUCAGGAGUAUCGCCGCUUCGUCCAGACCAAGGCCUCUCUGUUGAUUCGUCAGAAGGACCUCGAUGAGAAGCAGCGUUUGGGAGAGGAACAGAUUGAGGCCUUGCUUACCAGUAUACCUCGAUGAGAGGAGGUCCGGUACCUCCAGAGACCCUCUGAGCGAGAGAUCCCCAGAUUCCCAUUAAGCAGCACUGGGGUUAAGGUUAAACCACUUUGACGCUGGGUCUGUAAAGCCUCAAGGUGCCUUUUAAAGUAUGAGCACGGGUUCAACCCAAAUUACAGAUGCUACAUUACCCUGUUUUUUAUGCGCUAAGCUGCAGAUCAUAUUAACAGGACUUUUCAAAUCGUUGAAAGCUUUAAGAUCUGUGGUGUGGUUUAUGGUGAGCUUAAAAUGGAUAAAUAUGAACUUUGGGGUGUUUGUUUGUAUUUUGGGGUUUUUGUUACUUGCAGAGCACUCUGAAUGCAUGACCAAAAAAAGAAAAAGCACUUUUGACACUAAACUGCACAUACGUACUUAUUAGAAACAUUUAAACUAUAUCCUAUUCAGGUCUUAAUCGUUUUCAUUUGGCAAUUGAUUUUGUAACAUAGCCUUACAUCUGCGCUUUUUGUCCAGUAAUUUCAUUUGAUGGUAUCAUGUUAAAUAUAUUUUAAUGAUAAAGUACUGAAUUUUAUAGAUUCUUUUAUAACGUUGCAUUUGGUAUUAAGCAUUUUAAAUGAUUCGGGGUGUAUUUUAAGUUUAUUUAAGUGCCAUCAUUACACUUUUUGUGUAGUGAGACUAUGAAUAAGCAAUAAUGAAUUACUGACACACGUUUGUCAGUUCUCAGCUUGUGCUAUUCAUACAAUUCUUCAUAAAGAUAAAGAUAACAACAAUGUUGUUUGUAGCUGAAACACAAAAGCACACGAGUAUCCUCUUAACCGUGGUAAAUCACUGUACUGUAUGAUUUCAAAUGGCUUUUUACUCUUCAGUAAGGUGUUCAGUAAAUACAUAAAUUAAUAUUAACAAACAGAAUAAAAAAAAUCUAAUUUAUUUGCAAAACUGUAGGCUGUGUGAAGCAACUUGGGACAUACUACCAGUCAAAAGUUUGGACAUAAUUGGACAAAUCUGUUUUUUUUUAUUAAUUUAUCUUAAAAUGAUCUUAAAGGAGUAGUCCACCCAAAAAAUGGGGCCCAUUAAUUUUUUUUUAUAGUAUGAAUAAUGGGGACCAUUUUGGGGUAAACUACACCUUUAAAGAUCUUUUGAUACAAUACCCAAAUUUGAAUCAUGCCUACAUACGAAUUUCUUUACAAAACCAAAAUUUUAAAUGAUAUGCAUCAUGUCAUUUUUAAUGGAUUAUACAAACAUGAUAGAAUUAAAUACUCAUGCUGGUUGGUGCAAGAAUGUGCAUAGAUGUAAUGUAGAUAAAAGUUCACUAUUGUAACCAAAAUAUUAAAAGUUGUGAUUUGUUUCAAAUGUUACGUUUUUUGAUCUCUGUAUAAUUCUUAUUCUGUCAUGUAUUGAUUACUUUACUGCAAUAGAGUAUAUUUAUAAAACAUGUCCAAACUUUUAAAUGGCAGUGCCCGACUUAUCCAAGCAGACAUUAGAAAUGGACCUUAUCAGUUUUUUAAAUGAUUUCGUGAAUUCACCGUUCAUUCUGAUAAACUACUUUGUUAGAUGUUGCAUUAAACUGUUUUCAGGAUUAUGUUGAUUUAUUUUGUAUUUGACCUGUACUCGUUUGGGAAAGUACUUAUUUUGUCACUCAUUAUGUUUAUUACAAAUACUUAUUGACACGUUCACUUGUUCCACUGCAAAUAUGUCAUUGUAAAUGUUGUGCACUUUACAGCCGUUCAUAUUCACCGUAUGAAAUCAUCUGUUUAAAAUUGUAUUGAUGAUAUAAAUAUAUACAAAGUUUGAAAAAUUACCAUCAAAGUUUGCUGAAAAAUGAUUUUUCAGAAGCUCUCGGGCUCUACAUUCUAUAGCGUUUCUUGGGGAAUAUAUGAUCACUUGCUAUUUUUGGUGGCAAAACAAAUUCAUGUUUGUUUUGGCCUUUGAACAGAGUGCGGCCCCUGAGUCUUUUCCGUCAAAGUCAUGUGAAAGACCUAGUUUUCCAGAGAAACGGCACCCAACAAUAACAGAAACACAUUUUUUAAGGCUGAAACUAUUUCCUGUUAUGUAUAUAUACGCAAGUACACCACCAUCAUUCUGCUUGAUCUGUCAUUGAGAAAUCAUUGUGCUUGCUUGGAUUUUAGAACUGCUGGAUGUGAAUUAUAAAAGGGUGGGACUCUAUGCACUGUUUGAAACCCAUCCAUCAAACUUACUGUCAAUGAAACCUUGAGUACUACAGUGUGCUGUGAAUGUUUAUUGUGAGUAUAGUGUUUGGAUCAUUUUGUGUUGCUGCCCUCUAGUGGUUUUGCAGUGUAUGGUUUGUCUUUGCUUUUUCCUGCUCACUUGAUAUCUGGAUUACAUCAAUUCCAUUACUUUUGUAAUAAUGCGAAUAAAGCAACACCUUACUGUGCA